AUGUCGGAUAACUUGCUACAACUCUCAGGUCUGCAAACUGACAAGUACUCAAGCGUCCCAGAUGACACCCCGCAAGCCAGCAACAAUGACAGCCAGCUUAUAGUUGCUGAGGUGUACUCAAUUUGGACGACACCACAAAAACUGGCCAUCGUGCUCCUUGUAGCGUUUGCCUCGUGCUUCUCUCCGCUGAGCAGCUUCAUCUACUAUCCCGCUCUUACAGCGAUAGCGAAGGAUCUGCAAACUACUCUAACCAAGGUCAAUUUGACCAUCACCUCCUACAUGAUUGUGUCCGGCGUGGCCCCUACGCUAUUUGGCGGCAUGGCGGAUCAAAUGGGAAGACGACCGGUUUACCUCCUCAUGUUUACCCUGUACGUUCUUGCCAACGUGGGCCUUGGUUCGCAAAAUGCCUAUCCUGCUCUUCUGGUGCUCCGCAUGCUCCAGAGCGCAGGCGGUUCUGCAACCAUCAGUCUUGGAUAUGGCGUUGUUGGUGAUUCAUUGCCACCUUCUCUGCCACGACAACGAGGAUCUAACAAUGAUGCUCAGAUCACAGAGUCUUCCGAGCGUGCAUCAUAUAUGGGCAUUCUAGGGUGCGGCCCAAAUGUUGCACCAGGUCUUGGGCCUGUGCUCGGCGGCGUCCUUGCUGAGAGGGCGGGAUGGCGCUGGAUUUUCUGGUUUCUGGCGAUUUCUGGCGCUCUCAGCCUCGUGCUCAUCGCCACCCUGCUGCCAGAAACAGCGCGUAACAUUGCCGGGAAUGGUUCGCGUCCAGUCCCUGUCCUGAACAAGAGCCUUUUACUUCUGUGGCGACAGCACAGGCACAAGAAGGCCAACCUGACGCUGGAAGACUCUCGCGCAGCUACAACAGAAGCUGUCUCCCGCAUAGCGAGCUUGAGGAUACCGAAUCCUCUUGGAAGCGUGCGCAUAUUCCUGCAGAAAGAAAGUGCACCCAUCAUCCUCAUCAAUGGAGUUUUCUAUAGCGCGUACUGCUGUCUGCAGGCAUCCUUGUCAUCUCUCUUCAUCACCAUCUACGGGUACAAAGAGAUAGAAGCUGGCCUGAUAUACCUGCCAUUCGGGGCGGGCUGUUUCCUUGCAUCGCUACUCUCGAGAAACAUUCUCACUCACGACUAUCGAAGCUUCGCUAUCCGCCACGAUCUCCCGACCUCCAGUGCCGAAACAUCAGAGUCCCAGAGACUGAGAUUCCCUAUCUUCCCCGCCCGCCUCCGAAGCAUGUCUUACCUACUUCCGCUUUCCCUGCUCACGCUCCUCGCCUACGGCUGGGUUCUCGAAUACCAUUUACACCCGUCGAUUCCUCUGGUCCUGCAAUUCUUCACCGGUGGCGCCAUGACUGUCAUAUUCAACGCUUGCGGGACGCUGCUCGUCGACCUCCACCCGUCCUAUCCCUCAACCGCUCAAGCCGCCCUGAACCUGCUCCGCUGUGCCUUUGCCGCAGGUGAACUGGCUGCCCUGCAACCGCUCAUUGACGCCGUCGGUCCGGGAUGGUGCUACACCGUGAUCGCUGUAUUCACUGGAUGUGUUUCCGGUAUCUGCGUCGUUGUUGGCUGGGUGUGGGGCGAAGCCUGGAGAAGACAGAGACAGAGACAUGAACAUGAACACGAUAGACAAGACACCGCCGUUAGCGAACCAGCCUGA